CAGCAGCAGCAGCAGCAGGCACAGGCAGGCAGGCAGGCAGAGCUUGUGUGGUGGUUGGGCCAGGAGGAGCUGCUGGGGAGGGGCGUGAUGUGAUGCAGCAGAAGCAGAUGACACUGACAGCGGCACUAGCAGCAGCAGCAGCAGCAGCGAGUCACACACAGCAGCGCCGCUGCACCAGGGGCACUGCCACCACCAGCACCCAGCCUGCUGCCCCCGGGGCUCUCACCAUGCUGGGCUCAGUGUCCGGCCGUGCCCCCUUCCUCUGCUAGCUGCUGGCAGUAUGGAUGCUGCUCUUGUGACGACCUCUGCUGAAUGCAUCAGCCCAUUGCGGAUGCUGGGCAUGCUGAGUAAUCCUGCUGUCAAUGGGCGAGGACGUGGACACGCGAAAAAUUAACCACAGCUUCCUCCGGGACCACAACUAUGUAACUGAAGGAGAGAAAAGCGAGCGUCCUGUGAGACUCCCAGACUGUGGAGAGGGCAUGUACAGCCUACAUUGUGGACUUCCCAGAGAGACCAACUCCCAGCUUCCCAUUGCGCUUCACAAGGGCUGAAAUAUGAGCUGUGGCUGCCUUGACAUCAUAACAACAAGCAAUGCUGAUAUCAUUUCUACAGUUGAGUUUAAUCACACUGGAGAGCUGCUGGCAACCGGGGACAAGGGGGGUCGUGUCGUAAUAUUCCAAAGGGAACCUGAGUGUAAGAAUGAACCCUGCAGUCAGGGCGAGUACAAUGUGUACAGCACUUUCCAGAGCCACGAGCCCGAAUUUGAUUAUUUGAAGAGCUUGGAAAUAGAAGAAAAAAUUAACAAGAUUAAAUGGCUCCCGCAGCAGAACGCAGCCCACUCCCUUCUGUCUACAAAUGAUAAAACAAUCAAGUUAUGGAAAAUUAGUGAACGUGAUAAAAGGCCGGAAGGUUACAACCUUAAAGAUGAAGAAGGGAAAAUGAAAGAUCUUUCCACAGUGACCUCAUUACAGGUGCCUGUCCUAAAGCCCAUGGAUCUGAUGGUAGAAGUGUCCCCCAGGAGAAUAUUUUCUAAUGGUCACAUGUAUCAUGUCAACUCCAUCUCUGUCAACAGUGACUGUGAGACAUACAUGUCAGCCGAUGAUCUCAGGAUUAACCUCUGGCACCUGGCAAUCACAGACCGGAGCUUCAACAUUGUAGACAUCAAGCCUGCAAACAUGGAGGACUUGACCGAAGUGAUAACAGCAGCCGAAUUUCAUCCCUAUCAUUGCAACCUUUUUGUGUACAGCAGCAGCAAGGGGUCACUGAGACUGUGUGACAUGAGAGCGUCUGCAUUGUGUGACAAGCAUUGUAAACUGUAUGAAGAACCAGAGGAUCCCAGCAACAGGUCAUUUUUUUCUGAAAUCAUCUCAUCAGUCUCAGAUGUCAAAUUCAGCCACAGCGGGCGUUACAUGCUCACGCGCGAUUACCUCACUGUUAAAGUUUGGGAUCUGAACAUGGAAACCAAGCCUAUUGAGACGUACCAGGUUCAUGAUUACCUCAGAAGCAAGUUAUGCUCUCUGUAUGAGAACGACUGUAUUUUUGACAAGUUUGAGUGUGCCUGGAAUGGAUCAGACAGUGUCAUCAUGACUGGUGCGUACAAUAACUUUUUCCGCAUGUUUGACCGCAACACAAAGCGAGAUGUCACCUUGGAAGCCUCCCGCGAGAGCAGUAAACCAAGAGCCGUCCUUAAACCCCGAAGAGUGUGUAUCGGUGGCAAGAGAAGAAAAGAUGACAUUAGUGUAGACAGUUUGGACUUCACCAAGAAGAUCUUGCACACAGCUUGGCACCCAACUGAGAAUAUCAUUGCCAUUGCAGCGACAAACAAUCUGUAUAUAUUCCAGGAUAAAGUGAACUCAGAUAUGCACUAGGAUUACCAAGUUCCUAGAAUUCCUCAGCCACACUUUCCAGGGGGAUCACAUUUCGAUAACCUGUAUAGGAAAGUCUUGUUGGUGGCGGAAUUCUUAUAAUUGUGUUUCAUGUGCAUUGUAUAAUUAGUCCUCAUUUUUCAUUGUCCAUGAAAUAUUUUCUUUUUACAAUUUUAAUUAUUACAAGACAAUGAACUGUGCUAUAAAAACUGAUCUAAUAGUAUUGAAUGGAUAAAGUUGGCCUAAUUUUAAUCGCCAAAGAGAUUUAGGCAGCAGUGGUUAAAACAUUUUUGUAGUUUUACUUUUUUUAUUUACUUUGUGUAGAUUUUGUUAUACAAGUACGUUACGUUCAACAUUUCCUAUAUUCCAACAGAAUUUUUUUUAUCAUUAAUAACUGUCUGUUAUUUAUUUUAUUUUCAGAAACUACAAAGCAACAUCUGCAAAAUAGAUUUUAAUGCAGUUUCAAGAAAAAUACUCAGUAUACAAAAGAUUGAUAAAUAAUUUACAAUUUAUCAGAUCAUGUAAAUUUCAUCUUCAUAUUCUAUUAAAAAAAAUUAAAUAAAAACUUAAAAGACAUGCACGAAUCAUAAUCUGGUCAAGUUUAUUAUAUUCUUCAGCAUACAGACAAUAUACUAUUUUUUCCCCACAUUGACCUUUAACAAGUACUGUAGCAUUUAAGGGGGAAAAAAGUUUUUAUUCCAUCAAUGCAUGUGUAACGUUUGAUAUUGACAGUUUUAAGCUUAUACUCAUAAAUAUAAAAAGUCUAUACGUUAAAUCAAACCUUAUAUAAAAUUUACAAUCAGUGUAUAAAAUGCAGCACUGCAACAUUUCUCUUUUAUCUGCCUUCUAACUAAAUUUACUUGUUAUUUUAAUGUAAAGAAGAAUAAUUGUGUCUGAAAAAUAGCUUUUUCCUGUAAUAAAGGGGCCAACUAAACUUAAAUAAAUAAAUAAAAUAUUGUAUUUGAUUUUCACAAAAUUAUAAUUAAAAAAAAUAACUUAGUAAUAUUUGGCAUCUUUAACUACUCCUUAACUUAAAAAAAAUAAGACUAUAAGGAGAAAAAUGUUAUUAAACCUUAUGGUUCAGAUACAAAGUUGUAGUAAAAAAAAAUUGCAACCCCAUUCAUAUUUGUGUUCUUAAUUGUAAAAAUAUAUGUGGUCUUAAUGCAUGCUUUUUAUUAACCAAAUAGGAAACUAUUUUUUUCUCACAGCUGUAGCUCUAUUUUGCUCAAAACAGCAUUUUAUACAUGAAAACUUUAUUUCAUUAAUACAGUAUAUUACUUAGUAAGUAGAAGUACUCUGAUUUGUGAGGUAAGUACUGAUUGCUGAGGCACAGUACAAAAUGGCUGCUCAGUUGGUAUCUUAUUAAACUUGUACGGAGUACGUAAAGGCCCGUGAAGUUCACAAUCUCUAUGCAGGUUCAUUAUUUAAGAAUCUCACACGUGCAUUUUAAAUAAAGAGAAAAACGUAACAAGAAAUGUUUACAUUGAAUAACCUUGGUGUUCUGUGUGACAGACAGGUUUGUGAUCAUUUACAAGAUUGUUCUUUAAAGUGUGUCACCUACACACAUUGUUGGCAUCCAUUUUGUUGGCUGGACCAGCAUGCAACUUUAUCAAUUUGCUAGGAACCGGUGAUAUAUUUGAGGUGCUGUCUGACUGAUAUUCAUGAGGUACUGGUUGUUAAUAAAUUGAUAGGCUGCAUUCUCAAUUCUAUUAGUUUAGCUUACAAAUUGGGUGCCUCCACGUGUAUAAUGUAAACCUGACAACAGCGAAUUAACUAAAUAUGCAUGUUUUUUCAUUCGGUAUUGGGAAGGGGGGCGGCUGCUGCUUUCAAGCGCAACAAGCAAAUCUUUUUAUAUAUCUAUAUUUCCUGUAUGACUAAAUGAUACAUACAAUGUGUAUGUUAUAAAUUUUCUUUUGUAAACUUCUGCUGUAAAUAGUCGUGUGAAGCACAACCGCAUGUGCACCAAUUUUCAGCCAUACUGCACACAAUAUAAAAUGUGUCAGCUUUUGUUCAAGGAAAUGAGGAAUGUCUGUUUAUAUUGUAUAAUCUACUCAAUAAGGACAAUAUAUGUACAUAUUUACUUUGACCGAAGUAAGGUUUUGCUUCUGUAAAAAAAAAAAUCUAUAAAUAAUUUUAAAGAUUGUUAUAAUAACUUGGACAAAUGAAUGACAGAAAACAGCAAAUACAGUAUGAGCGUUUUAUUUGUUUACAGUCUCAGAAACAAGCGUGCAUCUUUAAAAAAAAUGAAAAUGAAAUUUAAUUGGGAUAGUUUGUGAGGACUGCAUUUUACAGUCAGACCCUCACUUUUUACGUAUUGCAUUAUUGGCUUAUUUUUGUUUUUAGAAGCUUCUCACUCGCAUGAUAUAUAGUAUAUACCAGAUAUCAGUCUCAACACAAUUUUAUUAUACUGCCAAUUUACUCACUUUUAUCAGUAAGCAAAGUGUAUAUAGACAAGGGGCGUAACUACCAUAGGUGCAGGCAGUGCAGCUGCUAUGGGGCCCAGAGCUAAGAGGGGCCCACUUUCCCUGUCAAAGUUACAUGUGUGAUAUACAAUUUGUUGCCAUUGGGUGGUACAAAGGGGUCCUUUCAAACUUUUUCCUUGGGGCCUGCAAUACAUCUAGGUAUGCCCCUGGACCUGCUUAUUGUAGUGUAGUAUAAACUUAACUUGCUGGCAUUUUAAUGUUAUAUAAUAUGAACCGGAGCACUGUAAUGAGGCACAAUAUGAAUGGGGAGCACUAUAUAUGAUAAUGUGAAUUGGGGGUACUGUGUGGCAUAAUGUGUACUGGCAGCUCUGAAAUGUGACAUAGGGUGAACUUAAUCACUAACUUAAUUCAUAAAAGAAACUAGGGCACUACUAUGGGGCAUAACAUUAAAUAAGGCUCUACUAUGGUUCAGAAAAUGAACUAGGGCACUACUAUAGGGCAUAACAUUAACUGCUGCAGAGAAGUCUCUCUCUAGAAGGAUUGGGAUGGGGGCCCCUUCAAAAUGUUGCUAUCGGUCCCACAAAGUUCUGGCUACGCCCCUGUAUAUAGAGAACUCUCCCAGAAAUAUGAUGGCGCAUAGACUCUUGUACCCUAAAAGUUCAUAACCAUCUUAUGUGAUGACCAAUGAGUUUGGAAGACUGUGUUGCGCUAAUUAGGCACAGUAUAUAAUGUAAAAAAAAUUGCAUAGUUGUCUAGUCUGAUUUCUCUUCUAAUCAGCUUACUACCCCUACAAUUCUUCAUGAUCUAGGUAGAUAAUAAAUGCAAUUCUUUCCCCGAUCAUUGCACAGUGCAGAAGCAACAUCACUAAUCUGCAGAGCACUGUGCUAAAUGGAUACAAUAGAGAACUAAAAAGAUGAAACUGCAAAGCAGAGCAUGCCAGUUGGCUCGCUCCAGUACCACAGGCCCUGUCUCUACCAGUCUGUAAUCCGUGCAGAGCAUUUCUAUUCCCUAGAAACCAGCCGGACUCUCCCACUCUGGCUUGCUGCUGUUGCACAAUGGUGUUAGAGGGAGACGCACCAGGAAGUCAUAGUUAAGUAAAAACUGUGGUUCGAUAUUUGAAGGCUCAUUUAAUCCAGUCUAUACGAUUUAUGAGAUACCACAGUGCAUGAAAGUAAGGCUAUGUAACUGGCAGGCAAUGGACCAGUGAUUUAGCGCAAUGACUGGACUCGGAAGACAGAAUUAGGCAGCAGGUGAACGGUAUGCUGCUCCUUUCCCAAACCCAAGAGUCCACCACAGUUGAUUCGCCUGAGAUCCAGACCCUGAAGGUCCAGUGCUGUCCACGAUUGUCUGGUCACUCUGCUGAACGGAUCGCCAAUGGGAGGUCAAACGCCUCCUUCAGUGAUACCCACAACAAUAAUAGUUAAUGGCAGGGCCAUCUUAACAGUACAUUACAUGUUACUGUGUGUUACUUGAUUGAUUCAUAAUACCUCAAUCUACACAGUUGGAGAAGAAUAAAAUUAUUACUACAAACCACUUUAUACAUUUCAUUUAUUUAAGUCAGUUAAACAGACACUUCCAUAGUUAUUACAUUCAAAACCUUCCUGUUCCUGCUCGUCAAAUCAUUCUAGAGCUGAGGUGUAUCAAUCAUUGGAGGAAGAUAAAGUAUAUAGAAGUUGGCCAUAGCACCCCUCAGCUUAUAGGUAUCAUUUACGUAGCACAGUCUUUACAAUUCCAGAAGCUGACUAGUUGCUAUGGAAAACUUCUCCACUUUAUCUCUUUCUCUCUCAAUGGUUUGAUACAUCUACCCCAUAGAUCACAAGCCAUGCCAGGAUUACACUGUACCCUGAUGUAAUGGAUCGGACACCGGUAAAACAAAGGGACCUAUCAGAACUUGAGGGUAAAUGUGUCUAUAGUGGCGUGUAAUAGAACCUGAAAUUGAGCGCAAUAAAAUAUUGACAUGUCAUUUCAUAUGUAUAUAUUGUGACACCACAUAUGUACAGUAUGUGAUUACAUUGUUUUUCGGCACACAUCCCCAGUGCCAAACGGAAUUGGCGGCAUUGCCAGAAUUUGAUUGCAACAUCAGUUUAUUCAUUUUUCAGCAGAGGCUGCUUCCUGGCAUAUUACAUUUCACUUUUUUAAAUCUUCAGUGUGGUAUUUGUGUAAUAUAGACAUAUGGAGGCACAGGCCAGCUUUCAUUCAUGCAAUGGUGAUUUAGCUAUCCUAUCCUCCGCCAACAUUCUUCAGUGCCGAACAGUGGCAGAGAGCGCCAGCAAGCAUCGCUCAGCCUACUGUAUUAUGGAACUUUAUUAUAAAGGAUGUUUUCCCCAAUACAUACUUUAUAAUUAAGAAGUGGGCUAUUCAUAUAAAUCAGGUUUUUUUACACUUAGCUGUUAAUGUAAAUCAGGCUUUUUAUGGAUCAAUACAUCAUAAUAGGGGAACCUUCUGCACCAAAGAACCAGUUUCUACCGAUUCUGGACCAUUAAAAGUAUGGGAUCCACUUUCACUUCCAGUUCUUACUAUUUAUGUAAAUCUCUCUUAGAAAGUCAAUGCUAAAAAUACAAACCGUUAUUAUGUUGAAUUUUCAACAAUCUAUGGCUCAGUUCCUGCUAAAAACAAAAAGUUUCCUUAUUUUUAACCUUGGAAUUGAGAGACGAGGUACGGAGAACAAUUCAAAAUGAUUGAUAUCCAUUGACAAUGGAAUGUUGAGUAUAGUUGUCAUGCUGUUUUCAAAAUGUGUGGAAAACAGACUGUUUGGCUUCCUUUUCAUUGACAUAGUACCAUGUUUUCUCUUAAAGUGGAUCCCACCACUGCACACAGUAGUGGCAGCCAUUUUGUGAUACUACUGAGAUAUGGGGCACUUCAUACCUCAUGCCUUCAUGCCUUAUGAUUAAGUGAUGGUUGCAAGCGAACUGGAAGUUGGAAUAUUUAUUAAACCCUUAGAAAUAGCUGCUUCCGCUGUGUGAUGGGUCCGCCGUAAGGGAAGACCUCCAUUUUGAGGAGAUUGUUUACUCUGAGCAACACUUAUGCUUUUGACUUGAGAUGUAUUUUUUAAUGAAAACUUGAUUUACAGAAUGUAUAUUUUGAGCAUUUGUUUUGCUUCAUUUGCUUGUUCUGAGUGCUGUAAAGUCAUUGAAGCAAGCUUGAUAAGUCUGAAUAUUAUGAAAGGUGUUCUUAUGACUAUUGUGUUUCACAAACUGAGAAAAUAUAAAUAUGUUAAUAACAUUUUUUUAAAUAAAAAUGUCUAACUGCC